AUGGAAGACAACACCCACUGCGUCGUCUGUGACAAACUGGCGAAGUACACGUGCCCCAUUUGUCUACAAAAGUAUUGUUCGGUACCAUGCUUUAAGACACACAAAGAACAUUGCAAGAAGAAACCAAUGGAAUAUUUGUCUGUCGAAGCAAUGAACGACGACACUAUUGCUGAGGACCUCACAUUCAUUUCUAACGCUCAGGCCUAUGUCCACACACUCGUUACUAAAAGAAGAAGUGUCUUGGAACCAGCUUAUAAAGCUAAAAAUCUCCAUAAAAAAUUAAAGAGGCAAGAAAGAAAGCCAAGGCCUAUGCAAGACGAAGAAGGUAAACCAAAGAGUGAAGUCCAAAAGGAAGAAUUAAACAAUCAAAUACCUGAAAAGACUGGAUUGCAAGUCGAAGAGACACAACACCACCAAAACGUACUUAAAUAG